AUGAAUAAUAGCUUGAGAGAGCUUUUGAAACGGGAACGGAGGCUACGUACCACGAUGGACGCAGUCUUCAGUUUCGCGAAUAAUUUCAGUGAGGAGAAUGAUGAAGAUCAAAUAGAAAUUCGAUUAGAACGACUAGAAGAUGCAUUCAAAGUGUUCUGUGAAGUGCGAGAAAAGAUUGGUUUGAUAAUGGAUGAAACUGCCGAAGACGAAGAUGAAAGAUCUGAGGAAACAACGACUGUACGCCGAGCAAGAUUGGAGGCUGCAACGCAGAAACGAGAAGCUGAAGAUGCCGCGAUUCUCACAGAGGUCGAAGAUUUGUACUGCCGUACCAAGGCCUUACUAGUGCAGUACCGGACGAAAGACACCAAGGAAAAUCACCCACAAUCAGCGCCAGUUACCACGAUGUCAACGAUAAAACUUCCAGAGAUCAAACUACCACUCUUCGCUGGAAGACUACACGAAUGGGUCACCUUCAGAGAUGCCUUCAAGAGCCUCAUUCACCAGAAUGAAAGACUCUCGGAACAAACCACAGACCAACACGUACCCCACACCAACCUCAUCGCACUUCCUGCGCACAGUAGUAUACCUACGUGUCAAAUUUUACUAUCUACCGCUAUUGUGCGCGUAACUGAUUGCUACGGUAACGAAAACCUCGUGAGAGCCUUGUUGGAUUCCGGCUCUCAACAUAGCUUCAUAACAGCAACUUGCUGUCGCAAUCUCAAACUGAAAGAGUUUCCAAACCAGAUGGUAAUACAAGGAAUCGGAACCCAUCGCAGUUCAUCUAAAGGAGUUGUGAAAGUGAACAUCAAACCUCGAAUGAUACCAAUCUCCAAUUUCAACGAAGAAAUUUACUUCAACGUUCUUACAAAACUCACUAUUCCCCUACCAUCUCAAAGCUUCGAUGUGAGUUAUUGGAAUAUUCCAGAAAACAUAAAUUUAGCAGACCCAGGUUUCUUUGAAAGCGGAGAGAUUGAUAUGAUCAUAGGAGCAGAAUUCUUCCUAGAUCUAUUGCAAGAUGGGAAAAUGAAAUUGUUCGACACUGGUCCGAUCAUCCAGAACACCUCACUCGGCUGGAUUGUUUCUGGGCCACUGCUAGAUCCACACGACCUGACAGCAACGACCGUUUCAUACGCCUGUUCGACAGCCGAACUUCAAGAUCAACUAAGCAAGUUUUGGGAACUGGAAACAUGCUACGUGAAAAGUACCAAUUCAAUCGAAGAAUCCGCGUGUGAGGAAAUGUUUAAUCAAACGACAACUAGAGAUGACAGUGGACGUUUUCGAGUAAGUUUCCCAAAGAAACACGGCGUGAUCGAAAGGCUUGGAGAUUCAAGACGAAUUGCAGAGAAACGUUUCGCCGUCAACCCACAGCUUAAAAAGUUGUACUGUGAUUUCAUUUCUGAAUAUCGUUCCAUGGGUCACAUGGUUGAAGUCGAUGAAAGCGAUAUCAGUGACGUAGCAUAUUACAUGCCGCAUCAUGCAGUGUUGCGGCCAGAUUCUACAACAACGAAGCUACGUGUUGUUUUCGACGCGUCUUGUCGAACCACGUCAGGACUAUCACUCAACGAUGGCUUGAUGGUUGGGCCAACUGUGCAGGACGAUCUCAUGUCAAUAAUUUCACGUUUUCGCAUGCAUCAGGUGGCUAUAACAGCAGAUAUCGUCAAAAUGUAUAGGAUGGUCAACGUACAGAAAGAAGACCAUAGACUGCAAAGAAUCCUCUGGAGACAAAAUCCUGGUGAAAUGCUACGAGCUUUCGAGCUCACCACCGUAACGUACGGGACCGCUUCAGCUCAUUUUUUAGCAACACGAUGUUUGCAACAGCUCUCAAUCAAUGGAGAAUCUUCGCAUCCAAUUGCUGCAAAAAUUCUACGAAACGAUUUUUACGUAGACGAUCUAAUCACGGGGGUAGACGAGCCUGAGGAAGGAAAGCGUUUGGUAAUCGAAAUGAUUGAUCUUCUCAACACCGCUGGGUUUAUACUGAGAAAAUGGAAUUCAAAUUGUGAAAGUGUUAAAACUGAAAUUCCCGACGAUCUUCGAGAUGAUCGAAGCUUGAUUGCAAUUGAUGCAUCAUCCACCGUGAAAACUUUGGGUCUCACAUGGGAUCCGGUCAACGAUUGUUUCACAUUUUCAGUCCCAAUGUGGAACGAAUCUCCGAUUAUUACCAAGAGGAUAGUUUUGUCUGACGCUUCGAAAUUGUUUGACCCUUUAGGUCUCAUUGGUCCUGUUAUAGUGCAGGCAAAAAUUUUUAUGCAAAAAUUGUGGACGAUAGACAGUAAUUGGGAUGACCCGCUGUCGGAAGAUCUCCAAGAGUACUGGAGCGAAUACCGGAAAAAUCUCACCUCAUCAAAGACAUUUUCCAUUCCGCGUUGGAUCGGAUUCAAACGCAAUUGCGUCGACGUUCAAUGGCAUGGCUUUUGUGACGCAUCUGAGAAGGCGUACGGAGCAUGCAUCUAUCUGAGAUGUUCACAAUUAGAUGGUUCAAUCACUAUUCAACUGAUGACUUCUAAGUCACGAGUAGCUCCUCUAGACGAGACCAGAAGGAAACGAAAGAAGCAAUCGAUUCCUCGACUGGAGCUAUCAUCUGCCCUUUUGCUCAGUCACCUUUUCGACAAAGUUCAUCGUAACAUUCCUGUCACAGAAAAGGCGUAUUUCUGGACAGAUUCCACAAUUGUGAAGUGCUGGUUGGCAUCUAGUCCAUCGCGUUGGCAGGUGUUCGUCGCUAAUAGGGUGUCAGAGAUCCAACACCUGACAAAACAUGGUGUAUGGAAUCACGUUACGGGAACGGAAAAUUCCGCUGACAUUCUCUCUCGUGGGAUAACUCCUCAGGAGCUGCAGAGACAACACAGCUGGUUCAAUGGCCCAGCAUGGCUGCAUCAACAUCCGAUCAACUGGCCAAAAGAGGCACAUUCAACGGUUGAAUAUUUUGAUUCUGCGAUUUUGGAAGAAAAAGUCAGUGUGUCAAUGGUUACACAGCAUUCUUGCCGGAACGAUACAUUUUAUCUACGAUCCAGCUUCCCGAAACUGGUUCGUUUAAUAGCUCUCAUCCGCCGGUUUCGUCAUAAUGCUCAAGAAAGGCAUCGCUAUUGCCGAAUUGGCGGACCGAUAAAUUCCAACGAGUAUGAAAUAGCCAUCGAACAUCUUGUUAGAUUAUCACAGCAGGAAUCUUUUCACCGAGAAUAUCUCAACUUAGCGAAGAACAAACAAGUGGAACAUUCAUCGAGAAUUCGUUCCUUAAAUCCACUGCUACAAGAUGACAUAAUAAGAGUCGGGGGGCGUCUUAGACACGCCUCAGUGUCAGAAGAUCGGAAGCAUCCUAUAAUUCUGGACAAUCACCAUCCAUUGUCUAAGUUGAUCCUCGACUAUUAUCACAUCCAGUUGUACCACGCAGGACAACAAAUGCUUAUCGCCAGUGUUAGAGAGAGAUUUUGGAUCACAAAUAUCCGAAAACUUGCUCGGAAGGUAAGCCAUAAGUGUGUGAUUUGUUUUCGGGCCAAACCUCGAGCUACUGAACGACUGAUGGGAGAUCUUCCCCCAGAACGUGUCACUCCAGCUCCACCAUUCCUCAGGGCAGUUCAUUUAGAGCUAGUAGCCGACUUGACCACCGAAGCGUUUUUAGCUGCUCUAAAGCGUUUCAUCGCACGGCGCGGAAAACCCAUUACUAUGAUGUGCGACAACGCGAAGAACUUCGUUGGGGCAAACCGUGAGCUCAAGGAGUUGAGAAAUCUGUUUUACAAACAGCAAUUUCAAAAUUCAGUCGUCAAGGAAAUGGCAGAAGAUCGAAUCGACUUCAAAUUCAUCCCAGCUCGAUCUCCGAAUUUCGGUGGGCUCUGGGAAGCUGCUGUCAAAUUAUUCAAGGGCGCUUUUAAAAGAACGAUCGGCACAAGAGUUCUGCAGUACGACGAAAUGCAUACGGUGCUUACGCAAGUCGAGGCGAUUUUAAACUCGACACCAUUAACUCCUUUAAGCAAUGAUCCGGGCGACUUUGAGGCCCUCACCCCAAGUCAUUUUUUGGUGCAAAGACAACUAACAGCAGUUGCUGAACCUGACCUAGAAUCUGUUCCAACCAAUCGAUUAUCACUCUGGCAAAGAGCCCAAAACUACAUCCAAUUGGUGUGGAAAAAAUGGACCACACUUUAUCUGUCCGAUCUUCAUAAUCGGACAAAGUGGACCAAGCAACGCAACAAUAUAGCUAUUGGAACCAUGGUCAUUUUAAUGGACGAACGAUUACCACCGCUAAAGUGGCCUCUUGGCCGUGUUACAGAAAUACUUCGUGGAUCUGAUAACAACAUUCGGGUCGUGACGAUUCGCACACAAGGAGGAACAUUCAAGAUUCAAGCGAUUUCCAAGGAGCAUCCACCAUCCACCAGCGAAAUCGAACGUACCAGCAGACGAGUUUACCUUACACCAGCCACCAGCCGAUAUAAGGAGAAGAGUUCCAAUUCCGAGUACCACAGGAUUUAUAUGGCUCUCGCAGAGACACAGGAAACGCAGCAUAUCAAGGGCACCCAAACAGUACAACUGCAAAUGCAGUUCCUCAUCAGCAACAUCGAGUUAUAUUGUAUAUGA